CGAUGCGAUGGGACUGGUGAGUUAGAGCCUACUUUGCUGGUUCCUGAGGAAAGCUUGUAAGACGAGAGAGCACCGUCUUUCGUGGUUUUAUGGUACACGCGUAUGCGUACGAGUAAGCGCGAUACUGGCGUUAGGCUUUGCUUGAUUGAGUAGUACUUCCCAUAACAAUUUUCCCCCCAGUAGGAGGUAAUCUUUGGUUUCCUGCUGCGCUCGGUUUCUUUUGCGCACUUACUAUUCGUGCGUGUUGUGGAGAGCUGAACCCCAAUUCUGUUUUUCUGACCUCCGAAGUUCAGUUGUUAUGUAUGUCUUGCGCGCCGCGGAGGUUUUUUGCCCCACAGUAUGUUCGUUAAAGCGCGGUAGUAGGUUGCCCCUAGUCAUAGCCGCGGUGGAAAGCAGGGUUUGGAAUUUUGCUCUUGCCGAAAUCCGAGAGAUGACGUGGCUCGUUGAGGGCCCCUCAUUUAGGCAGUGGUUUCGAAUUUCAAAAAGCCAUGAUGUGACGGCUGGCUUCGGCUUCGAGGAGUUGCACGUCGAUUGACCUGUCUUGCGUUGUUGAUGUAUAGAAGGAGUGGUUGGGUGUGGGUGUACUCAACUUCCUCCUCCUUUGUUAUACUGUUCUCCUAAAAUCUCUCGUCGUGUUUGUUGCCUCGUUUUCGCCUUCGAUCAUAGUCGUCGACGCUGUUCGUUGGUGUUGCCAUGAAGAUGUCUGCCGAGAAGAUCAUCGCCCAGGAUAUGAUCGACAUCGACAACGAAAGUAACAAUCCCUCUGGCUCUCUCGUAGAUUCUAGGGAUUUAGAAGUUAGGGCUUCUUUAGAUGGGUCGUUGCUAUCGACGCCAAGUUUUGAUUUCGGCGGUGGUAGUGAAUUUCUUCGGAGUUCAUUUGACGGGAUGACCUGCCAGAAUGACAGUAAGGAGAAUUUGAAGGAAGCUUGCUCUGUUGCCGGUGUAGUUCAGCGUGCUGGGAAAGAUGUGUUGGUUGAGGAUGAUGAUGAGCUCGAGGUAGACGAAGAUCAGGACGCCCGAGAAGAAGGUAUUGAUACAGAUAGCUCUCUGGCACUGCCGAAGCCCGCCCUGGAAGCAGCCUUUGCGGCCGCGCGAGUCACCAAGGCGGUUGCGCGUCUCGGUUUGAACUCAGUUGGGCUCUUGAGCGGGCUUCAUCAUGUGGUUUAUGUUGAGCUGCAGAGAGGUUCUGGAGUAUAUCUGCGGUCUCGGCCUGCCUCCCCAUUCGAAGUACACUGUUCCCUCAAAAUUCAGUCGCGUUGGGAAUUGUCUCGUAAGAUUGCAUGGUGUAUACAGGGAGUAUUGGCGCAUGGGCUUUAAGUUCCCUCUUGAGCCAUUGCUUUGCAGGCUUUACAGCCUUGUGAAGUGUUCACUUGGGCGGUUUUCCCCCUCCAUUAUAUUCCAUACCUGCGCACUAUGAGGGAUGUGCAAACGGCAAAAUUUACAACCGUCGUAUGGUCUGUUCCACCAUAUAUAUAAACUGAAGGUCCCGCGGUUGACCAACUCAAAGAGAGGGAAUGAGCUUUCCAUUAAGAGGCACGAUAAUCAACCUUUCAUUUAUGU